AUGGGUAAAUGUUCGAGGGAGCCCAAAAACCCCACAAAAUCUUGCAAAGCCAAGGGCUCAAAUAUCAGAGUUCAUUUUAAGAAUACAAGAGAGAUUGCGCAUGCAAUUUGGAAGUUGCCUUUGGUCAAGGCAAAAAGGUACUUGGAGGAUGUUCUUGGUCACAAACAAGCCAUUCCAUUCACACGCUUCUUUCGUGGAGUUGAGCGUAUUGCCCAAGCAAAGAGUCGCCAUUCCAAUGGACAAGGACGUUGGCUUGUCAAAUCAGCAAGACUUAUUCUUAAUUUAUUGAAGAAUGCCGGGAGUAAUGCAGAGGUGAAAGGCUUGGAUGUGGAUUCUUAUAGCGUGUACAUGUUGUAG